AUGCUGUUCCUUCCCAGCGGCGGCGGUGAGCUCGAAGGAGUGGGGGAGAGUCGUCGAGGAGGGGGAGGAGGGUACGUUGAGGAGGGUGCAGGAGAUGUUCACACGAGGGCCGCGGGACAAGUACCGGGUGCCCGUCACCUCCGCUCACGAACUGACAGCAGGUACGGCUGGUGGAGUGGACAGAGAGUGUACAGCGAGGACACGGGCCUGCUCGCUCCACCGAGACAUCGCAUCACUGACUCGGCCUGGCUCAAGGAGCGCCUGAGGGUGCUCGCCGCUGAUUAUGGACUCAAACGACGAUAA